AUGGAAGGAAAGUCUUUCCCUGAAAUAUCUUGCCGAGUCGACCUUUCCCCGAAAAGACUUAAUUGCAAUAUUGCGAUUGCGAUACAUUGCUGCAAUUUCCUGCGCUUGUGCCCUCGUGCCCCAUGUCUAAACAUCAAACUGCCUACCUACAUCCCGCACCCGUCUAUCGCAUCCCCUCAACGCAUCGGGACUCCGGGAUUCAAAAGAGGACCCGGUUCUUCGGAGCCGGAAGGUCACUUACUACAUACAUAUCUACACUGGAAAGCGGUCAUAGCGAUGCACCUUGACACUGUUUGCUUUGUCUUCGCGCAUCCCGCCAAGACAAAAGAGAAAUUCAAAAACAAACAAGCAGUGGUCAAUGGCCAGUGGCUGACGCCCCCCAUUCUGUAUCUGAGAAUCUCGAUCUGCGCGUGCACGUCCCCAUCGGAAAGACCACAGGGAAUGGCCUGA